AAUUGUUAAUGGGGAGGAAGUUGCGGACAACCAUGCCAACUAUUGCUAGUCAAUUGAUUCCACAGUUGGUGGAUAAGUCUUCAGUGAGAGAGAAAGACAGGGGUAGCAAAGCAAAGCAGGCAGCAGAAUAUAACAGAAGACAUGGAGUGCGAUCCUUACCAGACUUGGAACCAGGAACUCGGGUGUUGGUUCAUGACCAAAUAGGUGGAGAGUGGAAUGUACCUGCGACAGUGGAUAGAGAGAUACAGCCAAGAUCAUACCGUGUAGUGACUGAAUCAGGGGGUACUCUAAGACGCAAUCGUCAUGAUCUUCGACUAAACCCUGAAAUGGUGGAAGGGCAGAGAGAUCAUCAAGAGACUAAUAGUAACCAUCAACAGGCACUGGAAGAAGCUGCACAGCAAACCCCGGUCAGGUCUGAAGAACAUAUAGAAACACGAACACGAUAUGGACGAUUAGUGAAAACCCCACAGUGGAGGAAGGACUAUGUUUGA